ACGAUAAACGACUGAGUUAAACCUCCCCCAAACACUAUCUAGGGUUCUCUCAACGCCUGUAUUCAGCAACACGGGGAGAGAAAAUUCUCAAACCGCCGCCGUUCGCCGCUCUGGGAAAUUCCAAUUUCACCGAAUUCAAUCCUUUUUCCUCACACCCAUCUCGUCUUUGGAGCCAAUUUUGGGUUUUUGUUCCGAUUUCCUCCCCAGUUUGUGAAUCUGGGAGCGAGCUUGUUGUGAAAAAAUGGAGGAGUUGGUUGAAGGAGAUCAAGAUUUUACUUCACUGAUUAAGCAUUUGGCGUCCUCCAACAAGGCGACCAGAGACAAGACCCUCCGUUUGAUUGUAAAGACAUGGCUUCCGAUUCAAACGAGCCUCUCCGAUGGCGAUAUGAAGAAGCUAUGGAAGGGUCUCUUCUACUGCGUUUGGCAUGCCGAUAAGUUUCCUGUUCAGUCCGAGCUUAUUAAUCGCCUCUCUGCUCUGCUCCUCCAUCUUGACCUCCCGCUUGCUGUUCAAUACUUCUCUGUUUUUCUUCUUACCAUGCGUCGGGAAUGGGCCGGCAUUGAUGCGCUCAGGUUAGAUAAGUUUUACCUUUUGAUUCGCAGAUUUUUGCACCAGUUUUUUGCUUUGAUGAAGAAGCAUUCGUGGGAUUUGGAACUGUGUCGUCGUUUGAUUCAAGUUUUGGAAGAAAGGGUGUUUUUCACCGAUGAUAAGUUUCAUGGAAACGGUGUUAAUUACCAUAUUGCUUCUGUGUUCCUUGAGGAACUUAGGCCGUUUCUUCCUCUUCGGAAGGAGGUUGUUGAUGUCCUGUUCAAGCCAUUCCUUCUUUCCAUGGCCAAACUGCCGGAUAAAGUGUUGAUGGGAAAAAUUAAGUCUAAUCUUUUUGACGUAUUACUGAAAAUGGGGAAGCAGUUACUCGAGCAUCGAAAAUGUGGAGAUGACGUUGAUUCUGGUGAUGAUAUUGUUGUUUAUGGAACACUUUCAUUGACAAAUCUAUUCUCAAGUACAUUUUAUGAAUUGGGUUCUUCACCUGAGUGCUGUCAAGGGAAUAGAAAGGUACUGUUUGCCCUGCAUGAAGAGUAUCAGAAGUUGGAGAAGGAUUUUAUUUCAUCGGGGAUUGAGAUUUCAAUUCCAGAUCUUCAUGAGCAAGAUGGGGAUGAAGUACCCACUUUGGUUCCUGUUUCCAGUGAAGAAGAGGCUCCUUCAGAUAUUUCCAUGGUUGACGUAGAUGUCACUGAGGAAUCUACUGAUAAGGCGCUUAAAAAGCAAAAGAAGAAUAAAAAGGCCACUGAUGUCAGUGGCAAGAAGAAGAAGGCUAAGAAGGCAAAGAAGGCGAAGAAGACCAUGAAUGGUAUUUCUGAUCUUGUUUCUGAAAAUACUCCUAUGAAUAAGGACAACGAGAAUAUAGUUGCUAACGGUGAGAAUUCUAAUAAUGAACAGAUUAGUGAUGGAAAUAUGAUAAACUUUGAUGAAUCUGUGAUAUCAAACCUUCAGAUGCAAUUUGAGAGGGUUGCUGCGGAAGCUGAUUUUGAAGACAGUGUUGUAGGCCCUGUAGUAUCAGCCAAUGGUUCGGUUAAGAAGAGAAAGAGAGCUAAGAAUGCCGAUGGACAACAACAAACACAUGGUUUAGUACUUCCCAGCCAAGUUGAUGCUGAAGAAAAUGCAGCUGCAAAGAGUGGAGAGAAGAGCGUAAAAAAGGUAAGGUUUUCCAUGAAAAAUAACUUAGUGUGGAAACCCCAUAAUCCCUUGCCACCUGAAAGUUUGAGACUUCCCCCCACUGUUACUCCAAGGGGAAGUGCACUUAAGAAAGGAAUACCUCCAGGUCCUAUCUUGGAAUUCCCCGUUGCAACUAAAAGGACAAAAAGGAGAGCUGUUGCAAUGAGGUCAAAGAAAGGAGUAAGAAGCUUGCCUGUCAAGCGUUUGAAGAAGUUGAAAUCUAAGACUACUACUUAGAAGCUUUUUGCCAUAGGGUAAUGAAGUUGCAGUGCCAAGGCCUACAAAUUUUUGUCAUUGAAUGAUUUUUCUUAAUUACUUUGCUUCGUUUGGGCUUUGCUGUCAUAUUGACUUUCAUGAACUCAACCAUUGAAAAAGAAUGAAGAUUCUGAUGCAUUGAGUUGAGAACUUGAAAUUGAUGCCCCAAUUGCAUUCUAGCUUAAAUGAUCAGUUUUCAUUUUUACGCUUUCAUUAUGAA